AUGCCUGCCGCCUGCUCCACCGCGGCCGAUUGCGCCGGCUUCAACGGGGACUGCGUCUCCGGCGGCUGCGAGUGCCACCCCGGCUGGGCCGGCGAGCGUUGCGGACAGGUCAGCUGGUCUGCCGCCGGCGCGAGGAGAGCGUUCCGAUCCCGCUCGUGGACGUGGGGCGGCUCGCCCAUCCGAGACGGAUCGACCGUCCACAUGUUUGCGUCGGAGAUGACUGGCGACUGCGGCGUCUUGCAUUACUGCUCCAACUCGCGGGUGGUCCACCUGACUGCCGCUCACCCGCUCGGGCCUUACGAGCGAGCGGGCGUGGCGCUGGCUCCCCGCUCGCCGCCGCACUGGGACUCGGGCGGCGUGCACGGCCCGACAAUCCACCGCGUCCGGUCGGGAGGCGCAUGGCUGUGGGCGCUCUACUACAUGGGCUCGGCCAACACCUGGGACCCGCGGGACGGCACGCACCCAAACUGCACGCGGCGCGUCGACCCGAGGACGGGCGACCGCGCUACUCGCCGCGUCGGGCUCGCCACGUCGGCCUCGCUCUGGGGGCCGUGGGCGCGGCGCGAUUCGCCCCUGCUCGGGCCGGGCGAUCGAGCCGCCGGCGACUGGGACUAUGAGGAUGUCAGCAACGCCACGCCCCUCCUUCUGCGCAAUGGCACGGUGCUGAUGCUCUACAAGGGGCGCGGCGGCGACCUGCAGGCCGUGGGCGUCGCGCGGUGCGCUCGCUUCGAUGGGCCAUGCUCCCGCCUCCGGCCAGCCUCGCCCGUGCUGAGCUCGCGAGUCGAGGACACGUGGGGCUGGGUGGCGCCCGCCUCGGAGGACGGCACGCGGCCAGAGGUGCUGCACGUCCUCAGCCACGCGGGCAACGGGGCGACCGAGGCGGGCGGCCACGCAUGGUCGCUCGACGGCGUCCGCUGGAACGACACGACGAGGAGCGCCGGCGCGGCGUACACGGGGGCCGUCCGCUGGGCAGGUGGCGGCACGCAGGUGAUGCUGCGGCGAGAGCGCCCGCAGGGCCUCCUUCGAGCGGCGGCGCCAGUCAGAGGGGCCGGAGAGGAGGCCGGCGGCUCGUACGGCGUCCCGGAGGCCGUGUGCACAGCCGUGCAGCCGCGGCGGUGCCCCGCCGAUGGCGGCCCGCCGAGCGGGACGGAGGACUGCCGCUCGUUCACCAUCUGCGAGGCGGUCGCGUUGGGGUCCCCAGUGUAG